AUUGUUGCAACGAGACUCAGACGACACUAAACCUUUAGUAUAAGCCAGAAGGUUCGACAUUCUUCUAUUCCCAUAAACCCUAAAGUCUUAUCUCGCCGUCUUCUCCUCUCUUUUUUUGCAAAAAACAGAGUUGCGAGUCAUCGGAAAAUCGUCGUUAAAGCCAUCUAAACAUGUCGUCGCUACGUAAUGCCGUUCCACGGCCAGCUCACAAGGAACGAUCUCAACCGCAAGCGAGGAAGAAGUUUGGUCUCCUCGAGAAGCACAAGGACUAUGUCAUCCGAGCUAAGGCUUACCACCAAAAGGAAGACAUUAAAAAGAAACUUAAGCAGAAGGCGGCUUUCAAGAAUCCAGAUGAGUUCUAUUACAAGAUGAUCAAUAGUAAAACAGUUGAUGGAGUUCAUAGACCAAAGGAAGAGGUAAACAAGUACAGUGCAGAAGAGCUUAUGAUAAUGAAGACCCAAGAUAUUGGAUAUGUCUUCCAGAAAUGGCAGAGUGAGAAGAACAAAAUUGAUAAGCUUACUGCAUCACUGCAAUGUACGGAGGACCAGCCUAGCCGGAGACAUGUCUACUUUGCAGAAGACAGAGAGGAAGCUAGAGAGCUGGAGUUACAAGCUAGAAGCAAAAGUGAUGUCACCACAAUAGCCAUUCCUAAAGAUAUUAAAAAGAAAAUGGACAGAUCAUACAGAGACCUCGAGGCAAGGAAGAGCAGGGCAAAAGACUUGGAGAAGCUAUACAUGGAUAUGUCAAUGCAGAAGGAGCUACAGAAAAAGGGUCGCAAACGUAAGCUGCGUGAGGACGAGAUACUCAACCCAAAUGGCAAACCGGUUUACAAAUGGAAAGCAGAUCGAAAACGCUGAAGUUAAAAAAAAAGCUUUCAUGGUUGUGUAGUAUCUUCUUCACAACAUGUUUUUGAUCUAAGUUUUACUAUAUAGUUUCUUCAUCUCCAGAACUUGAAAUGAGAAUUUCUGAUGGGACAUUGUUGCUAAGCUAAUUAGUUAAUGUGAUUGAUACACACAUGGGAGCUAAAGCAGUUGUGAAACAUCCAAAGAUUCAGACCAUUAAUGAUGUAUUCCUUUAAAUAGAAAGUAGGGGGUUGGAAAAGAAGGUUGUUAUUUAUAGCAACCAGCAAGGGGGGUUUCUUUCUCUUGUGUUUUGUUUUUGCUUUAAAUAUGCAAAUCUUACUCAAAAGGGAAAGUGCAAUUUGAUUUGUUAUU